GGGCCCGCUUCUGUCCGACCCGUGCCAAGAUGGCGCCGCUGGACCUGGACAAAUACGUGGAGAUCGCGCGGCUCUGCAAGUACCUGCCCGAGAACGACCUCAAGCGCCUCUGUGACUAUGUCUGUGACCUGCUGCUGGAGGAGUCCAACGUCCAGCCCGUGUCUACGCCCGUCACCGUCUGCGGGGACAUCCACGGGCAGUUCUAUGACCUGUGCGAGCUGUUCCGGACCGGCGGGCAGGUCCCCGACACCAACUACAUCUUCAUGGGGGACUUUGUAGACCGGGGGUAUUACAGCCUCGAGACGUUCACGUACCUCCUUGCACUAAAAGCCAAGUGGCCUGACCGUAUCACGCUGCUGCGAGGCAACCACGAGAGCAGGCAGAUCACCCAGGUGUACGGGUUCUACGACGAGUGCCAAACCAAAUACGGGAACGCGAACGCCUGGAGAUACUGCACCAAAGUCUUUGACAUGCUCACAAUAGCAGCUUUAAUAGACGAGCAGAUCCUGUGUGUGCACGGGGGCCUCUCCCCAGACAUCAAGACCCUGGACCAGAUCCGGACCAUUGAGCGCAACCAGGAGAUCCCUCACAAAGGCGCCUUCUGCGACCUGGUGUGGUCAGACCCCGAGGACGUGGACACGUGGGCCAUCAGCCCCCGUGGGGCGGGCUGGCUCUUCGGGGCCAAGGUCACCAACGAGUUUGUUCACAUCAACAACCUGAAGCUGAUCUGCAGAGCGCACCAGCUCGUCCACGAAGGAUACAAAUUCAUGUUUGAUGAGAAGUUGGUAACGGUAUGGUCAGCUCCCAACUACUGCUACCGCUGCGGGAACAUCGCGUCCAUCAUGGUCUUUAAAGAUGUAAAUACAAGAGAACCAAAGCUAUUCCGCGCAGUUCCAGACUCAGAGCGUGUCAUUCCUCCCAGGACAACCACGCCGUACUUCCUCUGAGCCCCGCCCGCCUGCUGUCACCUCUCCCUGUCCUGCCCCUUUACAAUAUACUUUUUAUUGAGCACUUUGCUGCUGAAAUGCUGCCUCUUGCCUUUUUUAUUUUUAAAUUAUCUAAAUUUAUUGUGUAUUAUGGUGUCUGUAGCAAGUUUUUUUCCCCUGCCCAUAGAUUAAUUUCAGAGUAUUUGUAAUAUGUCCUUGAGAUUUGUACUACUGCAUGUAGUCCUCGCCUAGUCCUGGGUUAGAUGAACCAAUUCCUUUAACUACCACGCUCCGGGAGCCGCUCGGGCCGCUCUCUUGUUCAGCUUUUUGUUUUUGGUAAGUUUUAAGAAAUUUCAGCAGCAAAGUCAGUGCCCGGUGCGCGGCGGGGCCGGGGCUGCCCGUGCUGCCCGAGCCAGCCUUUUCCGAGUGUUCGGUGGAUCCCAGUGAAGCGGUCCAAGGGCUGUUCC